AUGUUCAGCUGGCUGGGGAAGCAGGGCGGCGGGCGGGAGCGCGGAGGUGGCGGCGGCGAUGUGGUGCAGACGGUGACCGGGGGGCUGCGGGACCUCUACCUCCGCAAGCUGCUGCCGCUGGAGGAACACUACCGCUUCCAUGAGUUCCACUCGCCCGCCCUGGAGGAGGCUGACUUCGAGAACAAGCCCAUGGUGCUGCUGGUGGGGCAGUACAGCACCGGCAAGACCACUUUCAUCCGAUACCUGCUGGAACAAGACUUCCCAGGUAUGCGGAUUGGUCCAGAACCUACCACAGAUUCAUUUAUUGCUGUGAUGUAUGGAGAAUCAGAAGGAAGCGUUCCAGGAAAUGCCCUGGUUGUUGAUCCUAAGAAGCCAUUCCGUAAGCUCAGCCGGUUUGGAAAUGCUUUCCUGAACAGGUUCCUGUGUUCUCAGUUGCCUAACCAGGUGUUGAAGAGCAUCAGCAUCAUCGACAGCCCAGGCAUCCUCUCUGGAGAGAAACAGCGCAUAAGCAGGGGCUAUGACUUCUGCCAAGUCCUCCAGUGGUUUGCUGAGAGGGUCGACCGCAUCAUCCUCCUUUUUGAUGCCCAUAAGCUGGAUAUAUCUGAUGAGUUUUCAGAGGCUAUAAAGGCAUUCCGGGGCCAGGAUGACAAGAUUAGGGUGGUGCUUAAUAAGGCCGACCAAGUGGAUACGCAGCAGCUGAUGAGGGUCUACGGUGCACUCAUGUGGUCCCUGGGAAAGGUGAUCAAUACUCCAGAGGUGCUGCGGGUCUACAUUGGCUCCUUCUGGGCCCAGCCUCUUCGAAACACAGAGAAUCGGAGGCUCUUUGAGGCAGAGGCGCAGGAUCUUUUCCAGGAUAUCCAGAGUCUCCCACAAAAGGCUGCCGUGCGGAAGCUCAAUGAUCUCAUUAAGAGAGCAAGACUUGCAAAGGUACAUGCUUAUAUAAUCAGCUAUCUGAAAAAAGAAAUGCCCUCUAUGUUUGGAAAAGAGAACAAGAAGAAGGAACUGAUCAGCAGGUUACCUGAGAUCUAUGGCCAGCUGCAAAGAGAAUAUCAUAUCUCAGCAGGGGACUUCCCUGAAGUCAGGAAAAUGCAGGAGCAGCUGGAGAUGUGUGACUUCACUAAAUUUCACUCUUUGAAACCAAAGCUAAUUGAAGCUGUGGAUAACAUGCUGGCCAACAAGAUUGCCUCCCUGAUGAGCCUGAUCACCCAGGAAGAGAGCAAUAUGCCCACAGAGAUGGUACAUGGUGGGGCAUUUGAUGGCACCAUGGCAGGACCUUUUGGCCAGGGAUAUGGAGAAGGUGCAAAGGAAGGAGCUGAUGAAGAUGAAUGGGUUGUUGCCAAAGAUAAACCUGCUUAUGAUGAGAUUUUCUAUACUCUAUCACCGAUCAAUGGCAAAAUAUCUGGGAUCAAUGCAAAGAAAGAGAUGGUGACUUCCAAACUGCCCAAUAGCGUUUUGGGUAAGAUCUGGAAACUUGCAGACUGUGAUGGUGAUGGAAUGUUGGAUGAGGAGGAGUUUGCAUUAGCAAAACAUCUCAUCAAGAUUAAACUGGAUGGAUAUGAACUGCCUGGCACGCUACCUCCCCACCUGGUGCCACCAUCUCACAGGAAACCUUUGCAGACAGCAGAGUGAAAAAUACUAGGGGAAAGAUGAGGAUUUUUUGAUAUAUUUCAACAGACGUUUUGAAACUACCAACAUUUUAAAUUAGGCUUAGAUAUUUAAACCCUCACAACACAUUUCACGCAAAUUACUGAAAUCAGAAGCAGGGAAACGUUUGUGUAGUAGCCCCUGCUGACUUUCACUGAGAAAUGCUUAUCCGCAAGUGCCUUGUAUAAAUCUAUCAUAAUGUGUGAUGGUAAGGUGAUGUUGCUUCCAUAUCUUGCUGCCUCUACAACCAUAAAGCAGUGAAAAAAAAUCCCAUUUAUUAAAUCGCUGACCUUCACCAAUUGUAAACACUUAAGCAAUCACAAGUUUCCCUAAACUAUUUAUUUUAGUUAGUGCAAGGAACUCUAAAUGUUACAUUCACCUGCCUAUGCAAAGAAAAUUUUCUAUGCUAAAAGCAUACUUCAGAUGUUAAGUGAAUGUUAGCAUCUCUACAGUUUAAGAAAGACAGAUACAAAAAGAAAUUCUAAUUUUUCUUUUUUUCUAAUUUGAAUUGGGUGUACAGAAAAAGAGGAGUCGUGGCAAGAGUAUUUUAAAAAGUGCUCUUUUGAGGAGUAUUUUAAGACUUGUUUACGAGCAGACUGGUUUUAAAACUUCAGUACUUAGAGCUAUAAAAUAUAAAAUAUAUUUCCAUCUGUCAUCACUGUGUCUUAUCUGAAUACCUGCAUCUUCCUUUUUGUACUGCACUAUAUACUCAGUAUUAUUGUUAAAAGAACGGAAUCUCCUUUCUUCCUUAGCUUCAGAGUUUCUUUUAAGGUUUCAGUUUAGCUGCACUGCAGACAAAUUCCUGAAUGUUUCAAAGUGAGAGCAGAAUGCUUUCAUUAGUUUAAAAAAACCAUAAACUGGUUUUCAUUGAAAUAAAGUUUCAGAUUCUAUUCAGAAAGAAAAGGUGCGUUGUUCAAAGUCAGCAUCUUCAAAGUACCUUGAAUUGUCUCAGAAGAUUUUCAUGGAUAUUUAAUUCCUAUUUACAGGUAAUUAUACAGGUAUCUGUAUAUAUUAUUUUAUAUACUUUUUUAUUUUUUAGAAAAGUUUUUGUCUCUAUCUUUUGCCAACAUAUAGCUGACAACCACCAAAGAGAGAUUGGAUUGAUAUGGUGGCAGAUUUGAGAGAUGUAGCCGCGGACAGGAAUCUUUACAUUGAUUGAAAUGAAGUUGUAGACUGGUCCCUCCAAAUAUUAUUUCUUUAUUGAAAACAAUCCACAAAAGGAAUAGGUGCUUACUAAACAUUCAUUUUUCUAACAACACAAUCAAAAUGUUGAACAUACUGAUUUUUAUCAGUACCUUAAAAGAAGUUAAAUUUUUGGCCCUGUGAACUUUUGUCUUUUGGGGAGGGCCAGUUCUUUUUUGAAAUCACACUUGGCAGUCAGGUUGGGUCUAUGUUUGGGUGCAAGAAUUGACGUGUACUCCACCAUUUGUAGUAUGAAAUACCCUACAUAUCAAAGGUACUGUAACUUAAAGCACUUUUUCGUUGAGUCUCAGUAAGGGUUAGCAGUAGUGCCUUCUGAGAUAGAACAAGCCAAAAAGUGUUUUAGCAUCCUUGCAGCAGUGUUGGGGAGGGAAAUAAUUUGAGUGUUGUUUCCAAAUCAAGACUUCAGUCACAUUUAUGUGCUCGGAUUUGUAGGUGAUUUAAUAAGAGCCUCAGCUUUUCCUUUAAAUCAUAUGUUUGUAGGUUGUCAGUCAGGUUUCAUACUUUGAGUCUUUCCAGACCUCUUAUCUUCCUGCAUCUUUUCUAUUCUAAUGUGAAACUAGCAUGAAAUUUGUGAAGGCUCUACCGUGUGGAAAAAAAAAAAAAAAAGCUAUUUUAGGUAGUGACAGAAAAACACCUUGACCUUGCUAGGCGUCUGGGCCUGUGUCAAGGGUAUGCUGGCAUAGUUGAUCAUUCUUGUGGACUUGGUCACUUUUUAUUUUUCUUAGUUUUGUUUACUUAUCAUUCAAUUAUACCAUCUUUAUUUCUCUUAGACCUAUGUUAGGAGCCAAAAUAGCCUUUGUGCAUCUCUGUUCUCUUCCAUAGAGCUGUGAAACUUAAAUGUGAACCUACUGUAUUUCUGCAGAGUAACCCAUUUUCUAUGUAAUUUAUUUUUGGUUGAACAUAAGGUAUCAAAUAGACAUUGCAGGGGUGUUAAAAGUCAGGCUGCACCAAUAGUAAUGUAUGACUGUGUGUAGUGUCUGCAGUCAGUGACAAAUUUGUACAACAAUGAUCAACCAGACCAACUUUGCAAGGACAGUCACUAAAAUAAAGAAAGCAAGUUUGCAUAUUGUGACCACUGUAGAGUGUGCAAAGGUGAAGAGAUCUGGGAAGCUGCUGAUCUUCCAGCCCUCUAUGUCUUACCUUGCUCUUUUGCUGCACAGAAUUCCAGGGUGGACCUGUGUUUGAAUUCCUACCACAUGUAGCUUCUGGGGGUGAUACUCCAAAUGCAUUGGAGCUGUGUGAUCCCAUGCCAGUAGAAAUAUCCUCCUGCAGUGGAGAGAGAGGGGCAGAAUAGUUUUUCAGUGCUUUAUUUAUUUUUUCAAAUUUUAUUGGUAGUGAAAUGGAGAACACAGCCUUUUCUUCAGACUCCAUGAGAAUGUGCUAAUUUGGACGUAGGGGAGACAAAUUGAAAUGUGUCAUAUUAAUAAGUUAAUAUACUUUGCUUAGAUACAGUUGAAAUGGUUUGCUCUUUUCCUGCAAGACUUGAAGGGGAAGGGGAAUUCAUGAAGCAUGUAUAGCAGUAGAGGUGGAUUUGCUCUGUUGAUCUGAAGGAGUAAAAGCAUGCAGAGCUAUGCACAUAAAUAUAUGUGUAGAUAUGCGGUGCAGUGCACUGGCGUCUUAACAGAGGUCAUACUUAGCUGACGGAAAUUCAAGUACAUUUCACGUGGUCUUUGAACUGCAAUUUCUUGCACAGCUAAACUAAUCUAGUAGGGUGCUGUUGCUCAGGGGAGAUAAUCUGGAUAGUGCUGUCUGCUGAAUUAGUGAGCCAGUGUGUGGACUAUGAGAAGGAGAGAAGGGAGCAGGAUUACCUUCUCAUGAAAUUGUGCUCUAAGUAGUUAUUGGGAACAUCAAUAUUAGAUCACCUUUGUUGUUCAUUUGAUGUUGUUAUUAAUCUCUACUCAAGAAGGAACAAGGUCCUGUAUUUGUGGGUCAUUUUAUGCUUAGGAUUUUGACUACGUUUCCUGUGAGAUCAUUCAAAACUGUCAAGAAUUCAUCCUGUGAAAUCAGUGCUUAUUGGUGUAGCCUACUGCUGUAAGCCAAAGUAGAGACUGCUGCUUUUAGCUCUUCUCCAACUGUUCUGCUACAGCUGUAAUUCCCAACCAUAAUUCUGUUCCCACAGAAAUGUUAGAUUUUUGUUGUAGAUUGGAAGAGAAAAUGUGGGACAACUGUUCAAAACUACACUACAGAACAGCAAGAGCCUUUUAAAACUGUGGCAGGUUGAAAAUGAUGAGUUUUCAAAGAUCUUUAGAUCGAGAUGAGAUCCCAGUUGUUGGUUGGGAGUGGUGUAGAUUUGUGUAGAACCUGAUAUUAAAGCAGCAGUAUCUGGUCUCUGACUUGAAACAACAUCGUUCAUCUACAGUACUUGAAAUGUACCCUGUUUCUUCUCACUUCCUUCCAUUCAAAAUGUGCACUCAGUUUGGUGGCUCUUUGUAUUGUUGGAAUUCAAGCAAAGAGUGUGAGGUGUAUUGGGUAUGUAUAACUUAACAUGGAGAAAAUGAGCAUGAACUUUUUCUACUUCAUGUGUUUACCUUUUCUAAUACAUUUGUUAAAUACUGUGUUUUCUCUUCAAAGGCACUCAUUUAUUUUUGAGGGAUUUUGAUCUGUGCAGAGAGUUUCACUUUGUCCAGCUAGGCAAACAAAGUUCAUUGUUAUUGCACUUUUAUUAUACAAUAAAUUCCAUGCAGAUAUUGUAAUAUAUUUUAAUAUGCUUUGUAAUCAUUUUUAGGAAGUGAUGAUAAAGAAUGCUGAUUUAAUAAACUAAUAUUGAACUACCUGA